CGGCUGUUUACCGGGGGGCUGGGCACGGUGGGGUGAGGGUUUCGGAGAGGCUGGCGUGAAGUCCUGUCGGGAAGAUGACAUCUUUGGGGAAAAUGAGCUGGCUGACCCCUGGCAGCAUUUUGAAUUUGUCGGUAGUUCUUGGAAAUGCCAGGGAAAUCACUGAGCCCCUGAGAAUUCUGCUCUUUGGGAGAGAAAUAGAAGAAAUGGUGACUCUGGGUACCGAGUGUGAAAAUUCGCUGUGGUGAAAAGUACAGAGAAUAAGAAGUAAACAGGCCGUUUAGAUGAAAUUGAUGUUAGUUAGUCCGUGUACAUUCUUCGUGACUUGUCACCUAAACAGGGACACAUAACCAGGAGCUUACUCACAUGCUUUAUUGAUGGGGAGACUGGUGAAAGGUUUCCCCUAUCCGGUUUUUAUCUAAUUCAUUCUUUGAGAAGCAAGUCUAUUAAAAACAGAGCGAAACAAUCCACCUUCGCCUUUAGAAAGUUGAUGGAAGUGUCAAAAUGCUUAAGGUGGAAAAUGUAGUCAGAAUAGUCUGUAAAAACGACAUUUCCUGAAAAUCCUUUUCUAAAUUGAGGGAAACCUUCAGACUUAUCAGCCCUGCUAGAAUAUUCUCUCAUUUUUAGUUCAAGUAAACAUAGUUUUAUUAAUUUAUUUAAAGCCGGUCAUUGUGAUGUAUUAAUAACCUCAAUGUUGCACUAUAUUCAGAAUACCGUGUGACGUUUUGACACACGUGCACCUUAAAUGAUAUUUAAAGCUGACUUUUUAAUGAUUCUGUUGAGUCUCUUUUUUUCCCCCCUUCAAAAAAACAUUUUUUUAUUUGAUCUGUUGCUUGAUUUUAGACUUGGCCUUAGUAGAUUACAGUUUCAGUUGUAAUUUAUUUAUAAGAUGCCAUGAAAAGAUAAUUUUUUCCCCCAAACAACGAGGCUUUGUCUUGGUCCCGAACUGUUUCCAGAGGAAAGAGUGUGUGUGACCUCGCUUCAGAAGAGCCUUUGGUUCUAUUGAGAGACCGGACAGGCCUGCUUGUAUGGUGUAUCAGGGACUAUUGAGGACCCUGAUCCCAGAAGUGCUUUGACCAUUUGUCAAAGACUGAUAGGUAGAUUCUUUGGGGUGAUUCAUGUAACUAGCAGUUGUUGGAAUGUUGAGAUGAAUGCAUCAUUAGUAUGAGUGUAAUAUAUUUUGCAGAAAAAUAAUAAAUAGAUGAUUCCCAGAAACUAAUGAAUUUUUUAAAACUUAUUUUAAAAUUUCUAUAUAUUGUUAAUUGUGUGCAUGGCAUGUGUGUGUCACAUGGCAUGUGCAGGUCAGAGGACAAUGUUGUGGCACCUCUUCUCCUAGCUUUAAACGGGUUCUGGGGUCAGACUUGUAUUCACAGAGCUACCUCAUGAGGCCUUGAUUUUACUUUUAUUUUUACAUUUUUUGGGGGGACUAAGUCUCCUGUACUCCAGCUGAAGCUGUUCUUGAACUCCUGGUUCUUCUGCCUUCACCUCCCAAAUGCUAAGAUCACUGGCAUAGACCUCCGCACCCUACUUUGUAAUGGAUUUAUAACCAUCUUCCUUCUCCUAUUCCCACUCAUGAUCUGUGCUGCCAGAUACCAAGAUACCUAGUCAGAGUGGAUGGUACAGUCUGGAACAUCUCAGGGCUUGUUGGUUAAAAGUAUUUAGGGAUGAGGGCAGGGGAAAGAAUAGAAUAAAGUACAUUGUAUGGAAAAGUUUUUAAUAAAAAUAUUAAUAUGGUUGUACAUUUUCAAAUGUAGUUAUAUUAGUUUAUUUCCUCCUGGGAUUUAACAGUAGGUCCUUGGUUGUAGAAAACACAUUAUAUUUAAACAUUCAAUGUUGAAUUUUGUUUAAGACAGGCUAUUCUAUAGCCUAGGUGGGUCCCAAACAUUUCAUGAAGCAUAGGCUGGCCUUGAACUCUUUGAUCUUCCUGUCUACAACUUCCCAAGUCCCAAGUGCUGGGACUACAGAUGUGUGCUAUCAAGCCUAGCUUUAAAUUUUGUUUGUAAAAAGUGGUUAGUAAUACCUAUUAUGGUUGUCUGUAUAGACUUUCUCAAGAAAGAAGAAAGUGAUGAGAAAGUUUGAUACUUGGCAUUGGGUACAUUUCUGUAAGUUUUUUGUUUUGUUCUGUAUGUGCAUGUUUAUAAGUGAAACAGGUUUAUUGAGUAUAUUCCAAGGGAGAUCAGGCUGGGCAAUAGUAAGAUACUGCUUGCUUUUUGUUUGUUUGUUUGUUUUAAUACCUGGUCUCACCAUGUAGCCCUGGAUGGCUUUGAAAUGACAAGAGACUUGCCUGCUUCUGCUGGAUUCAAAGUCGGGAGCCACUGCACCUCACUUCAGGCUCACUUUCUAGUCCAGGCUGGUGGCCUGUAACACACAGGCUGACCUCUGACUUGUGACAGUCCUCCUACUCCCCAGUCCCAGCUCAUUUGUUUUCCAAGUAGAGUUUUAGAAAAGUCCAGUGCCAUGUUCAAAGUCACACAGAUAAACUCUGACUCAAACCCAGGUCUAGGCUUUGCAACAUUGUGAAGUGACAGAGAUUUUGUUUGAUUCCUUUGGAGCUGAUUGACCUCAAGAAAGUUCCUUUUUUCUCUUUAAAUCUGGGCAGUGUGUGGGGCAAUAUGUAAAGGGACGAGCCGAUUCAUUCUUCCCGAAGUCUUGUGGUCCUCUCACACCACCAGAGUGUCUUUUGUGUAGCUGUUUUAACUACUCACUAAAAAUUGGGACAGACAUCUAGGGCAGGUGUUUCUUAAUCCCAACACAGUUGACAUUUUGGGCCAAAUAAUUCCGUUGUGGGCUGGGGCUGUCAUGAGUGCCACUUCCCUCUUUGCAGUGUCUCAGGACUCUGUCACUGCUGCCAAGAACCUCAUCUCUCCAGUCCGCUAAGAAAACUUAUUUACUUAUAUGUUUGUUUGUUUGUUUAUUUAGAGAUAGGAUAGCCAUGGCUGUCCUGAAACUCACUACAUAGACCAGGCUGGCUUGAACUCACAAAAAUCCUCCUGCCUCUGUCUCCCAAGUGCUGUGAUUAAAGGCAUGCAGCAUUAUGCUGGGCAAUAAAAGAUCUUGGCAAUAAAAGAUGCUAGACAAUCUUAGAACUGGGGCCUGGAGAGAUUAAUCAAUGCUUUAGGGUCCUUGUUCCUGCAAAGAACCUAGGUUCCAUUCCCAGCACCCACAUAGGGACUUAGAGCCAUUCAAAACCCCAGUUCCAGGGGAUCUGGUACACUCUCCUGACCUCUAGGGCGCGGGUGCGUGCGUGCGUGCGUGCGUGCGUGCGUGCGUGCGUGCGUGCGUGCGUGCGUGUGUGUGUGUGUGUGUGUGUGUGUGUGUGUGAUUGAAGACAGUAGAGUGGUCCCUGUCCUUCUGACUUUACUUGUGAUGUGACCACGCUCAUUAUAUUAUCAAAGCAGAAGAAAAAGCCGUGUAAACAACAACAGAAAACAAUCCUAUUUCAAGCAUUCUAGUAAACUUUUUGUGUAUUAGCCUUACUGAAAUAUAAGCAGCUGCUUUGUAUGAGGUGGUUAAAAAGACUAAAGAUAAGAGGUUUCAUUUUUCCCCCCAUCUGCCUAUAUAGUUGCUAUUUGUUUAUUUAUUUAUUUAGGUCUGUUUCUAUGUGUGGAAACAGUGUCCAGUAAACAGAAGUUGCAACUGGUGAGAUUUUUAAGUAUAGCCUAGCUCUUUAUGAGGUUAAAUGUCUGUUUAUCUGAAUUGUAACAAAGAAACAUUCAUAGUGUCAUAUUAGAGAUGAGAAGCCUGCAUGGCCUCAUCAGCCUUCCAGAAUUUCAGUACCCAUUGGGCAGCAGUCAUUUAUUUCAACUUGGGUUCCAAAACCUUUUAGUUUUAGAUGUGUAAGGAACAUUUUAGAAAUUAUGGCCCCAUCUUGAUUUUAAGUAACCUGGAGGGUGGUAGCAAACUAGAUGUUCCUGGGAGGAACAAUGAAGGCUUGUGUGCAUACUAAUGAGGGGUCCCUGGAGGGUGGUUUUUGGUAGAGGGAACAUUCAGGCUUUGUUUGGGCUGUGAAAAGAGGAUGUGAGCAGGCUUUCUCAGCGAGGUUCAUGCUAAUGCAAGGAGAGCAGGCUUGGAACGGGGCCUGCUUGGUUCUACAGAGAAACAGUGUUUGUGGAAAAGGUGGACUCAGUAAGAACAGGCUUCCGAAGGCUUCAGCCCACGAGUGCUGUGGCUCUCGAGUGUCCAUAGCCUGGUCCCUGUCAGCUGUGUAUAUGUGAGAGUGUAUGUGCAUGGCGAGUCCAGCGUAGGCGUCUGGGAGGCAGAGGUGGGAUUGCAAACUACCAGAAUGCGUCGUUGCUUACAAGAGUAAGUAAGAACCAUCUUCGCUGCACGUGUCAGGCUGGUUCAGGUCAAUUGGGAUAUUCACAUUGUACAGAAACAGAGGUUAUUGAAUCCCUGGGAAUUAUUAUUUAUAAAGCAUUGGACUAUGGCUUGAAGGAAAACGAAGAAAGGGAGCUGAGCCCUCCUCUAGAGCAGCUCAUCGACCAAAUGGCCAAUACCGUGGAGGCUGACGGGAGCAAGGAUGAAGGGUACGAGGCUGCAGAUGAAGGCCCGGAAGAUGAAGACGGAGAGAAGAGAAGCAUCUCAGCCAUCCGGUCCUAUCAGGACGUUAUGAAGAUCUGUGCUGCUCACCUCCCAACUGAGUCGGAGGCACCCAAUCAUUAUCAGGCAGUAUGUCGGGCCCUGUUCGCAGAAACCAUGGAACUGCAUACAUUUCUGACCAAAAUUAAGAGUGCAAAGGAGAACCUUAAGAAGAUUCAAGAAAUGGAAAAGGGUGAUGAAUCUAGCACAGAUCUGGAGGACCUGAAAAAUGCAGACUGGGCCCGGUUCUGGGUACAAGUGAUGAGGGAUUUGCGAAAUGGGGUAAAACUUAAGAAAGUCCAGCAGCGGCAGUACAACCCUCUGCCCAUUGAGUACCAACUGACCCCUUAUGAGAUGCUCAUGGACGACAUUCGGUGCAAAAGAUACACCUUGAGAAAAGUAAUGGUAAAUGGUGACGUCCCCCCUCGGUUGAAAAAGAGUGCUCAUGAGGUCAUCCUUGACUUUAUCAGAUCAAGACCCCCUUUAAAUCCAGUUUCAGCCAGAAAACUGAAACCAACCCCACCACGGCCACGGAGCCUCCAUGAAAGAAUAUUAGAAGAAAUUAAAGCAGAAAGAAAGCUUCGACCUGUGUCACCAGAAGAAAUUAGACGGAGCAGACUAGCAGUGCGGCCACUUAGCAUGUCUCACAGUUUUGACUUGUCAGAUGUCACUACGCCAGAAUCUCCAAAGAAUGUUGGAGAAUCAUCUAUGGUGAAUGGAGGCUUAACAUCUCAAACAAAAGAAAAUGGGCUGAGCGCUGCCCAGCAGGGGUCUGCGCAGAGGAAGAGGCUCCUCAAAGCCCCAACCCUGGCUGAACUGGACAGCUCUGACUCUGAGGAGGAAAAAAGUCUGCACAAGUCAACCAGCAGCAGCAGUGCGUCUCCCUCCCUCUAUGAGGAUCCAGUACUGGAGGCCAUGUGCUCCAGGAAGAAGCCUCCAAAAUUCUUGCCCAUCUCAUCAACACCCCAGCCAGAGAGAAGGCAGCCACCGCAGAGGCGCCACUCCAUUGAGAAGGAAACACCUACGAACGUGAGGCAGUUUCUGCCACCAUCCAGGCAGAGCUCACGGUCUCUUGUUCCUAGGAUAACCGGUGUAUGGCCCAGGACGCCUUUCCGACCACUUUUCUCUACCAUACAAACAGCUUCUCUGCUGAGCUCUCAUCCUUUUGAAGCAGCCAUGUUUGGGGUAGCAGGGGCUAUGUAUUAUCUGUUUGAGAGAGCUUUUACCAGCAGGUGGAAACCCUCAAAGGAGGAAUUCUGCUACCCAGUGGAGUGCCUCGCUCUCACUGUGGAGGAAGUGAUGCACAUCCGUCAGGUCCUGGUGAAAGCAGAGCUGGAAAAGUACCAACAGUAUAAGGAUGUCUACACUGCCCUGAAAAAAGGAAAGCUCUGCUUCUGUUGCCGAACCCGGAGGUUUUCCUUCUUCACCUGGUCUUACACCUGUCAGUUCUGUAAGAGGCCCGUGUGCUCACAGUGUUGCAAAAAGAUGCGGCUGCCUUCCAAGCCAUACUCUACUCUACCUAUCUUCUCUUUGGGACCUUCUGCCUUGCAAAGGGGGGAAAGCUGUUCGAGGUCAGAAAAACCCUCCACUAGUCACCAUCGGCCUCUUCGAAGUAUUGCCAGGUUCUCCACAAAAUCCAGGUCUGUGGACAAGUCCGAUGAGGAGCUCCAGUUUCCCAAAGAGCUCAUGGAGGACUGGAGCACGAUGGAGGUGUGUGUGGACUGCAAAAAGUUCAUCUCCGAGAUCAUCAGCUCAAGCCGGCGCAGCCUGGUGCUGGCUAACAAAAGAGCCAGGUUGAAAAGGAAGACACAGUCUUUCUACAUGUCCUCGGCGGGCCCCUCGGAGUACUGCCCUUCAGAACGGACUAUCAACGAGAUCUGAGCCCUGUGCCUUCCCGCUCUUUUGUGUGCAGAGCGGGCAGUGCAACAGUGCUGCAGGACUCUUCCCAGGGGUUUCCUUCACAGGCUCCGUCUGCAGCAGGUCAGGCCUGGGCUGCACCUGAGACACAGACUCAAGGCUGUGUUCAUAUCAGCCGAUGGUUGGUAGGAGGCAGGUCAGCCACUUGGUCAUUUGCACUCAGAAAGCCUAAAACUUGAUUUUGUGUAUGUGAGUCGGGAAGCUAGAAACUUCCUUAGUUCAGUUCCUCAAUGUUCUUCGGAUAAUUUCCUGACUAAGGCAAAAAGCUUCUUGUGUGUGAAGUCUGUCUGACGGAGUGUGGAUGUUAGCACAGUUGUAAGCAGUAAGUCAUAUUGGCAUUCCACGUGACAGUGUUCCUAGCUCAUGUACAUAAUGUCCAAAGCCCUGCCACACACCGGCUCCCUGGGGUGGGCCAGGUUGGCUGUCUUCUCACAGCACAAAUCUAGAAGGCCUUGCUGAUAAUUCUCUUUGGGGCUCUGGCUGCAUCCAGCGCAGAACAAUCAUGUGAGCUGUACACCGCACGGGUGGCCCUUCUCUGAGCUCAGGGUCUGCCCCGGCACAAGCCUCAGUGUUUCCUGAGCUGCUAACAGGCCUUCAUUCCUAUUGUGAAUGUAAUAUGGUUUUGAAUAGUUUUAUAAUACACGUCUAAGAAUUAAGAUUUUGUGGAAGUUUGAGGAAAAAGGAAGACUAAAAUUUCAUCCAACAGAUGAGCUGGUUUUGGUUAACUGAUAGGCUGUAACAGCAGGGAUGCCAGCAGAAAGGAGCUAUGGCUCAUACAUUUUCACCUACAUUUUCCAUAACUUUAUAGUGUGGCCAUCGUGACUAAAUUAACCACAGUUUGGUAUCUGAGUCUCAAACUGAAGAUUAUUUUUAUAAAUGAAUUUUAAAAGAAAAACCUUGGCUGUUUUAAAAUCUCAAGAAAAUGAACCUGCUGCCAUGCAUAAUUUUUUGAUGCUUUUGCACUAGGUAUCUUGUAAAUGUCACUGCAUUUCUGAUGAAGGGCGACUGACAGGUAGAGGUAGUAUUGUGUGUCUGAAAUUGUUCAGCUCCUAUGACGCACCAUGGGCUGCCCUCAUUUCCAUAUGCUUAGAAAUAACUGGGCAAUCAAAUUACCACUAAUGUUUGGGAAAUGAGUGAAGGCACAUGCACAGUGUAACUCCUGAAAGCUCUGACAAACCACCCUCAUUACCACCACUGAUGACAUCUCCAUUUGAUAAAAGGCAUGCCAGUCGCAUUUCACCAUCAUUAAGAUACAGUAACAUUUCCCAUUAAAUUGACAACGACACCUCAGAAAUAUUCCAGUAGUCAUUUCUAAUGCAUUGAAAUUUAUAGUUUAGUAAAUGCCUUUAAAUUACUUAUACUGACGAAAUAAACUUUACCAGUUGACUAACGUAAUGCAUGUUAGUAGUUCAUCUGUACUGCAUGUAGAAGUGGGCCGCCAGAAAACCCUUACAGUCCAGCUGUUUUUAAGACUAAGAGCUGUAAAAAUUGCAGUGUGUGAAUCCCAUUUAUACAGUUUUCCCUGAGACCACCAGAACGUUACACCACAGUUAGAUAGGACCACCACUGCUAUGGCUCCAGGCAUACAUACAUUCCAGACUGGUUUCCUGGAAGGAAGCAAGAAAGAAGGAAUACACCUGUGUGGCUUUAUAAGCAUGCACAUAGGGUAGCAUGCUUCUGUAAAAUGAUGAUUAAUUAGCAUUUGACUUCCCACAUAAGACACUGAGCCCACCACUCCAUAAGUCACAGGUCACAUUCACAAGUCAGUGAUCUAGUAAAUGUCACAGAUUGGACCUCAUUCCUUCAGCCUCACAGUACUGUGCAUAGUGUUUGGGCAUUAGGACCCCUUUACCAGAACAUCAGGAUAUAAAUUUUCCAGCACAUUAAUGGGAUUUGCCAAGUGUGUUAAGAGUUCAAGUGUAUACCAUGCCCAGUAAACAACCUGCAGGAAGUAGUGGGGAAAAAGGGCACGAGACAAGGUAGAAAGUAUAGAAAUAAAAUUAGCAUUGUUUGGGAGACACCAAAAAAGACAUGUGCAAGACUGGCUCUUCCCCCCACGCCCCAAGCACUCAUACCAAGCUAGGAUUCCAUAGGCUAGGGCUUUGGGCCAGGGAGCUGAUGCUGCUGGUGUGACUUGGUUUAAAAGUCCUAGCUGACACGGUUCAAGCUUCCUGUUCCUCCAGCCACCUUGUGCAGGACCGUUUGUCCUGCUUUCCUGCUGUGUUGCUCUCUUAGUUUGACAUUUGUUUAUGGCUGACCCCAGAGUCUGAUGCAUCUCCUGAAUCGAUCUGAAUGUCCCUCCUGACCCCUCCAGGUGUGAGCACCAGCCAUUGGUCCCACAGACCUUGAGGUCAGAGUAUGUAAAAAUGCUUGUAAAUAUUGUAACAUACUCAUUAAUAUUUGAAAGUCAUUCUGUCAUUGGCAAUGGAAAUUAAUUCUCCCAAGAUAAGCAAAAAUUAAAUAAUUGAUUUUGCACAUUGACUUAAUGACCUUAAUUACUUGAUUUCAAGUCUCAGCCCUUUAAAAUUAAACCCAAAAGUUAUUAUACAGUCAUUCUAAAAAUGAUGUUUUGAAGAGAUAUGUGGUUAAUACCGUGAACUCACGCCAUGAAAUCUGUAAGGUUUUUAUUUUUCUAACUGUACUAAUGGAGGACUAAACUUGAGGUAUGAAUGUAGGAGACAUGGAAGUUUUUAAAUUAUGUUGCUAUUUGUUCAAAUAAAACAGAAAUUUUGCACAUUGAAGGACCAUGAAGAAAUGUGUCCCACUGACUGGGCUCUGACCUGGCUUCCCAAAUGUAAGCAGAGAAUGGCUGACAUUCCAGGGAAAACGACAGUGCUGAGUGUGCUCCAGUGAGUAGUAUUUCAGCCAGGAGUGAUGCCACAUGCCUUUAUUUCCAGCAUUCCAGAAGUAGAAGCAGAAAAUCUUUGGGAUUUCAGGGCCAGCCUGGUCUACACAGUGAGACCUUGUCUCUCUCUCUCUCUCUUUUUUUUUAAGGUAUUUUAUUUUAGAAUUUUUGAAGGGGGAAAUAAACUGGCUUUCAUCAUAA